AGAGGGAGAGAGAGAGAAUAUUGUUGAAUAAACGGAAAGUGACUCUCCCAGUUGGAGGUGUCAUGUGACCGGCCUAUUCACCAUUAGUUGGAAUGAUGUCGUUGAGUGUAUAAUGGAAUAUAGAUGCAGCUCCCUGAUGGACUUUUAUUGUCCAGCUCAUGAUUCGGGGGUCCUGACUACUGACCACACACACCUGUAAUGGUCAAUACGUCAUGAGUACCAAUAUAAACAAUUCUUACCUACAUUUAAAACAGUCUUGAGGGGAAAAAAAGACACAAAAAGCAAGGAAGACAAUUCAACAACAAAAAACAAAAAGUGAGUGAGAAAAAACGAACAGAAAACUCAAAAAUUAAUUAAACAAAACACAAAGAAUGAUUUCAGUAACAAGAAGCAGGAUUAAAGACGGUGAAAUAUGGAGAGUGACAAGUGUUAUUUUCCUUUAUUGGAUUGUAUCUUUGUCUCUUAUCUUUGUGAACAAGCACAUUUUGAGCGGCAGCUUCGGGAACUAUGACAUGUCAAUAUUUGUAGCCUGGUAUCAAUGCUGCACGGCUUCUAUCAUGAUUUUCCUGGCUGGACUCGUGUUCAACUUCAUGAAAUGGUCUUUCCAGAUUCCUACAGUUCACCCAAGGACGCUUUUGGAACAGGAUAUUUUGAUUCUGUCCUAUACCUUCGUCGGGGGUUUAACUUUAAACAAUUUGAUGCUUAAGCACAUUAGUGUAGCAUUUUACCAAGUGGCUCGCUCAUUCACAUUAGUCUUUACUGUUAUGCUGUCAGUUUACAUACUUUGUAAACCAUUUACACGUAAAGUUCUUCUCUGUUGUUUCUUGGUGAUUGGUGGGUUCUCACUGAGUGUGAAAGAAGAAGAUGUUUCAGGUACCUUAUCAUUAUGGGGUAUCCUCUAUGGAAUUGUUGCUAGUUUUUUUGUUGCACUUUGUGGAAUCUAUCUAAAAAAGGGAGAGAAAAUAGUUAUGGGAGACACUUUAAAAUUGACUUAUUGCAAUAGCAUCAAUGGAGCCAUUAUCUUCAUUCCUUUAAUAUAUAGCUCAGGGCAGUUAUCUAUGGUGCUUAAUUCACCGACAUUUUACGACCCAUGGUUUUGGAUAUUUCUUACCUGUUCAGGACUGUUAAGUUUAGGCAUUGGCUGGGCCAGUGCUCUUCAAAUCAAAUAUACUUCCCCAGUGACCCAUCACAUAAGUAUAAAUGCAAAGUCAGUAGUUCAGACUAUUAUGGCUGUGUUGUACUUUCAGGAACAGAAAUCUUUUCUGUGGUGGUGUGGAAACCUCCUUGUUGUUUCGGGUAUAAUGGUUUACGCCUAUGAAAAGAUCUAUUCUAACGAAAACGAGAAAGUCAGAUCACCUUUACCACCAAUUAGUUCAGGAAGUAGCCACAAUAACGAAGACAAAAAUGAACCAUCGACUCCUCGAAUGUUCUAUCCUUAAAAUAAAUUAAUUUGAAGUUUUAUUACCUGUUUGAUCAAAUGGAGACUACCAUAUAUUGCUUUCUUUUACAGCUAUUUCAUCAAUGACAAUUCUUCCUUAUAUUUAAAAAAAAGAAAAAAAAGA